AUGACUGACGGGAACAUAUUGGCACAUAUAUACUAUCCCCUCAGUUAGGAUCUGGCUAUUUUAUAAUAAUGCUGUAUAAACGGAUCCUUGACUGCUCGAGACGGAGUUAACCGUGAUUCCCUCCCUAGAGUGAUCCUCAUCUUUCCUGGAAUUCCUCCUAUUGUAGACUGCUUUGUAUUCAUUAAUGAUUUUUGCGGAAGAGAGCCUUCAUUCUCGCCUGGAAUCCUUUUGCAUGAUCUCAGCUGCCUGAUGAGAGCAAUCUAUUUAUUGGUCUUCUGCCUACACGCGCCCCCUAUUCUGCAACAUCGAAAAAGCAACACUGGUCACUGAGUGCUAGCCGUGAAGCCCCUGAAAAAGCCAUGGAAGUGAAUGCCGCCUCUGGAGGGGCCAAGGAUCACCAAAGGAACUUUAACCGAAAGCCGGAAAAUAAGGAUGAAGAGAGAGAUCAGCAGGACUCAGACGAAGAGGAGGAGAAGAAAGGGAAAGAGAUGGGCAAGAAAACUUGGGGCGAUGUAGUCAGGGAGGCGAAGGUCUUCCUUUGGAAUCCAGAGACGAGGCAAUGCAUGGGCAGGACGGCUCAGAGCUGGGGCCUGAUACUCCUCUUUUAUCUCGUUCUGUACACUUUCCUGGCUGGAAUGUUUGUAUUUUGCUUGUACGUCAUGUUGCUCACCAUGAGCCCCCACGUACCAACAUACAGGGACAGAGUUGCUCCACCAGGAGUUAUGAUUAGACCAUACAUUAGAAACGCAUUCAACAUUGUUUUCAAUGUCUCCGAACGCAGUUCAUGGGAACCUUAUGUGGAAAACAUGGAACUGUUUCUCAAAGAUUACGACGACGUAGUUCAAGAAGCCAAUAAUAUUGUGUGCCAAUCAGGCCAGUAUUUCAUUCAAGAGGAAGAAAGUGGCAUGAAAAAAGCUUGCCAGUUCAAGCGAUCCGAAUUGAUGGCUUGUUCGGGGAUAGACGAUCAAACCUUUGGCUACUCUGAUGGCCAGCCUUGCAUCCUGCUAAAGAUGAACCGGAUUAUUGGUUAUCAGCCCGGUUAUGGGAAUCCAGUCACUGUGAGCUGCAAAGUGCAGAAAGGCAAUGAAAGCGAUCUCCAUGCAAUUCAGUUCUUUCCAAGUGCAACAUUCGAUCCCAUGUACUUUCCUUACUAUGGCAAACUCUCGCAUGUCAACUAUACACAACCAGUGGUGGCCAUACAGUUUACAGAUGUGACAAAGAACCACAACAUGAACAUCCAGUGCCAACUGAAUGGUCGGGGCAUCAUCAAUCACUAUAACAAUGACCGGUUUCUGGGGCGAAUCAUCUUCACAUUGAACAUCGGAGAAUAGACCAGAAAAGCAUUUUUGCUGUCACUCUUUCUACGGCAAUCUAAUCUUUCCUACCACAGGGAGUGGAAAACAGCCAUUAUAACAAGCACCCAGAAAACUCAAACCUGCUUUGGGGGACUAUUUUGGUUUCCAUCACAAAUAAAAAGAAAGGCUAUAGCUAAUCAGGGACAUAGGCUGUAAAACUUAACAUAAAACAUUGAAAAUGGUUCAUCCUGCAAGCAAACAGACGAAUGUAAGAGAACGUUUUAAUUUUAAAAUGCGUGCAAGAUACUCCGAUUCGAUCAGGGUGUCAGCGGGAAUGGCAUUCAGUAACAAACAGGCAAUUUUGCCAUUGCAUCCAACCUCAAAAGGAACUCUUUAUUGUCUCUCCCCCAUUCCCCGAGGGUUGACCGCGUUGUCCAUACAGAUGAACUAGCCAGUCACCAAUUAACAGUCCAACAUGUUGCUUAGAGUGAGGGUGCUUGUAACCUCCCUCUGGAGAUUGCUAUUUUCUAUGAGAGUAUUAGCAAGACAGCUGUCCCAAGAACCAUUGCUAUAAGAGAUGUUCCAAGUUGACAUCUGUCCUGUUCAAGGCAGAUCCUGAGAUACCUCCUUAAACAUUAUAAAGCCUACCAUGAUAAACUUAACAUCAAUGAUGUUAACCAGGUCCAUGGAAGAUCUACUGAAAUCUACUGGCUUUGGUCUAGAAAAGCCCUUGUACCACAGGCUGGCUCCAUUGCUUUUCAGGCUCAGGUUGAAGUAGUAGCGAUGACGCCUGAACAGCCUGAGCCCAUCUUAGCCAAGAGACUAAUUUCCACACGUAUGCUUCCCUAGGGGUGUACAGAGAGGGGCAUGCUCCUGGCCUGUCCCUUGACUCUUGUAUCCCCUUCCCAGGAUGCUUUCUGGAAAUGUUGUAAGUCCAUUUUUAUUCCCAUUGGCUAUGGGCAUCCAAGCAGAGGGCAAGAUAGGGCUUAAUCAAUGUAACUGGGAGUUUUGUUAUUAAUGUAUUUUCACUUGACCCCAUGCUCUUUGGACAGGGUGGACUAGAAAUCAAAAUGAAUUAGUAAAAAACUUUAUAAUGUG